UCGCUGCAUCAGUACCCUGGACAGCGCCGGCCACUACUGCUGCUGCUGCUGCUGCCAGUGUCGGCAACACGCAGGCGGAAAAGUAACCUGCACUUCAGACCACUGGGCAUGAAGCAAGCAUUCUCCAAUGGGGCAGGGGCGUCCAAUGCAUUGACCAUCUAGUGCUCCAACCAAAGCAAUUUAUAACGUGCAGUUCAGCCGCUAUAUUGUUGGGCAUCUCCAAUGCAUUUUUUUUUGAAGUGCAUAAAUAUAGGUUUCUAGCUUUCAGGCUGGAUUUAUAGAGCGGGGCACUACCUAUGGAUGAACUGUCAGCGCACUCUCUCGAUCACAUUGUACGAAGUAGGGGGAGUCCAAUGCUCACCGUGUAUUUUUGGACACUGGAUAGAUUUCCGAUUCUUGCUUGAAAGAAAUAAUUGUUUCGCGUGUUUGAUCUUGAAUGCAACCGUAACGUGGGCCACUGAGAGCGAACUGGGGCCAGUAACUGAUUUAAGGAUUAUUGGAACUGAAUGAUCUCUGCAACGAGCGAUGGCAAAUGAACCAGUCAUUCUCAAUGUUUACGAUAUGUAUUGGAUUAAUGAGUACACAUCUACACUCGGAAUAGGAGUUUUUCAUUCUGGUAUUGAGGUGUAUGGAAGAGAGUACGCCUAUGGUGGCCACCCUUACUCUUUCAGUGGAAUCUUCGAGAUCACACCCGGAAAUGCUGCUGAGUUGGGAGAAACAUUUAAAUUCAAAGAGGCCAUCGCUCUCGGCACUACAGACUUCACCGAGGAAGAUGUUGACAAAAUUAUUGAGGAGCUUGGGAAGGAGUUCAAAGGAAAUGCCUAUCACCUCAUGCACAAGAACUGCAACCACUUCUCUGCAGGCCUGGCAGAGAUCCUGUGCGGUAAGGAGAUUCCUCGCUGGGUGAAUCGGUUGGCUUACUUCAGUUCCUGCAUCCCAUUCCUCCAGAGCUGUCUCCCCAAGGAAUGGCUUACGCCCGCAGCUCUCCAGAGUCACAUCAGCAGCCAGGGCUUAAACAAGGACGAUCAGAGCGACACAGGAGACGAUGAGUCGCCAACCACCUCAGCCUCUGCAACCACCUCAGGAUCUACCAGGACCUGCAGACACACCAGAGUCUAACCACGCCUCUGAACUGUAACUUCUUUGACCCUUUUCCAGUUUUUCAUAUCUGUUUUUUGUAGACUUUCUGUGACAACCUUUACAGCCUAGGUCUGAUACCAAGUCAAAACCCAAUGAAAGGCACAAAACGAUGGUCUGGAAUGAUAACUGAGUGACCUUCAAGAGCUUCACUCCCAGGGGACCUGGGUUGACAAGAAGAUGGUGUUGGAACUUACUUCCCAGACAAUAUUCCAGAGCAUUUUUAGAAUACCUCUUGUGCACAUUUCACCUUGACAACCAACCUUUUAUGUGUAUUGAAAACUGCGGGACAAAAAAAAAAUCUGGUGUUGAUUGUACCGUCUGCUCAAUGAAGACAUCCAUACAGUGUUAACAAUGAUAUCAGAAAGGAAAUAUAUUUAUAAAAACAAUUUGACUUGGAAGCAAAACAAUUCUCUGGCAUUGACCUCAUACAGUUUUCUUGCCAAUUUUUGCUUUAAAAUGUUGUAAUGAGCUUCAGUCAAGCAAACAGAGGAAGGGACAUGAGGAAUGGAUACUGUUGUGCAGACACUGAGAGGCUAAAUUGAUAUGAGGGGCACAUGGACAGAAGGGAGUAUGGCACUGGUGCACGGACUGCAGAGGGACCUAUACUGGCACAUAGGUAGUGGAGGUGCUGUAUGGUACAUGGGCAGUGGGGUCACUAUUCCAGCAUAGUGACAGUGGCUGGUAUUACACAGACAUACUGACCCGAGGACACAUUGUUCAGGAACCUUGAUAGGAGGGAGAAUGGUCCCAGCUGACAGACAGUAGGGGGUGCUUGCACUGACAAACUCAGAAUAAAGGAUGUCCCACUGACACACAGAAAAUGCAGGCACUGUGUUGGCAUAGGACUGUAGAUGAUACCAUUAUUGGCAAACAUAGUAGGGGACAUGGUACUGGCAUGCAAGCAGUAAAAGGAUGCUGUACUGGCUCAACAGGGCACUGUACUGGCAAGCUGACAGUAGGGAAGAUAUUCUGGCACACAGUCAACAAUGCUGUAGCACUGGCAACAGACAGUCAGUGGGAGAAUUCGGGCAAAGAAGAAUUCAACGGUACUGUACAGGAAUGUGGAGAUGUGGAGAGAGUGGAGAGGUGAGAUUGCCAAAGAGAUAUUCAAUGGGCUCUAUACAGGAACACAGACAACAGAUGGGCCACUGCACUACCACAGAGACUUCUGGUGGGGGAGUGCAUUGCCCCACAGACAGUAGACAGACACUGCACUACCACAGGGAUGGUAGGAGGUCUUCACCACACAGACUGAAGGUGAAGCGCUCUACUACCACACAGGCAGUAGGAGGGGGCCUACACUGCCACACAGGCAGAAGGAGCGACAUUGUACUGCCACACAGUUGUUAAGAAGGGCACUGCACUGGUGAACAAAAAGCAGGAGGGCAUUGCAAUACCCCACCAACAGAAGAAGAGAGAAGAGACACUGUACUGCCACACACACACACACACACACACACACACACACACACACACACACACACACACACACACACACACACACACACACACACACACACACAGAGUAGGAAAGCCAAUGUACUGCUGCAUAGACAGGAGAUGUUGCUGUGUCAAAAUCCUAUUUUCCUUGACAAUUUAGAUCUAAAUGUGUGAAAUGGAAAGCCUCAGGUCCAAUGAAGAGUAACAGAUACCGUAGUCAAUGGACUGGAGAUUAUAGUGACCUUGUGAAUCAUUUAUACCACAGUAAUUCAUUCGCAGUGAACACUAGCACGGUGAAUUUCUGCAUUUGAAUCUUGACAUCUUGUGGUUUGCUUUGAGUACAGCAGUUUUGCAUUAAACAUCCUGGAGAUGAAGAA